GGAGAAACCUAACAAAAAAUUUCAGGAAAGAAAAAAAAAAAACAACAAGUCAGAUCCCUAAAAAUCGAACCCGAACGCGUAAAAAACUUGAAAACCGACUAUGGCCUUUCACGUAGCUUGUCCAAUUACAUGCCGGAAAAUUUGCUUCUGCGUGUUGGGUUUUUCUCGGAAUCUUCAUGGUAAACAAGUGAAAGAUGUGUUUCUCAACGAGAUCCAUUCUCUUCAAGACUUCUUGCGAGACCCCUGGGGUGAUGAGGUUUCGGCGGACGGUGGUACCGUUCAGAUCCAUGUCCCUAAGCUCGCUGUGUUUGAUACUGGUCCUCGUAUUGCGGCUAGAGGGAAUGAUUCGGCGGUUGAGGUUGUUGCUGCUGCUGCAUCUUCGGAUUUGGUGCCAGCCAAACGCACUGUUGUGUUGCAGAAGAAAGCAGCUGUGGUGGAUUGCUGUGCUGUUAAUGAUGCUUCUGACGACUUAGAGGUUACUGUCAAAGAGCUCUGUGGAGAAGAUCAUGACCAUCACAGUGGAAGCAUAACGUGUCACAUGUGCUAUUUGGUUGAAGUUGGGAAGAGUGAGAAAGCCAAGAUGCUUUCUUGCAAAUGUUGUGGCAAGAAGUAUCAUAGAAACUGCUUGAAGACUUGGGCUCAACAUAGAGAUUUGUUUAAUUGGAGCUCUUGGGCUUGCCCCUCUUGCCGAAUCUGUGAGGGCUGCGGGACUUUAGGGGAUCCAAAGAAGUUUAUGUUCUGCAAAAGAUGUGAUGCUGCUUAUCAUUGUGAUUGCCAACAACCUCGGCACAAGAAUGUUAGUUCUGGACCCUAUUUGUGUCCGAAGCACACCAAGUGUUACAGCUGUGGGUCUACAGUCCCUGGGAAUGGCCAGAGCUUACGGUGGUUUUUGGGGCAUACUUGUUGUGAUGCUUGUGGAAGGUUGUUUGUUAAGGGAAAUUAUUGUCCUGUAUGUUUGAAGGUUUACAGGGACUCGGAAGCAACACCAAUGGUGUGUUGUGACUUUUGCCAGCGCUGGGUUCAUUGUCAGUGUGAUGGAAUCAGCGAAGAGAAAUACAUGCAGUUUCAAGUGGAUGGGAAUCUUCAAUACAAAUGUUCUACUUGCCGUGGGGAAUGCUACCAGGUCAAGGAUCUUGAUGAUGCUAUACAGGAAAUCUGGAAGCGAAAAGAUAUUGCUGAGAAAGAGCUAAUUGCUAGCCUGAAAGCUAGUGCUGGGGUAGUUGGGCAAACUGGUGGUGCCUCUCUUAUCAAUCAGCCUAGAUCUGUGGAAAGAAAAGUUUCUGAGAAGGCUGUGGUCAAUGGUGAAGAAGAGAAGCCAUUGAGAGUUCUCAGGAUAAAAACUAGCAAGCCUCAAGAUUCAGAUAGUGAGAAAUUUGGAAAACACACUACAGAGCUGAAUACUGUGAAGGCGAAAAAAUUGGUGAUAAGUAUAGGUCCUCGAAAGACAGGGGUUACAAACUCUACGAGCUGCGAUGUAUCAAAGCUUUCUUCCAAAUCCAAUGGAAAGCAAGAGAAAUUGCAAACAGAAGAAAUGUUGUCCCAAGAACCGCAUCGCAGUUUGUUGGGAAAGAAUAAUGACGAAAAGAGAGGGUCUCGAGGUGAAGUGGCCACUUCAAAGGCUGAGGGCGGAAUCAUAGGGAGACACUCAGAUAGCAGAGGAGAUUUAAAUAGUGGCUCGCAUGAUUCAUUGCAGAAAGAUUCAAGACGAUUGUUGAAACUGAAAAUAAAGAAACAUAAUCCGGAGAGCCAAGAAGGUGAAGCCCCUAGCAUUGUCUAUGAAAGAGGUAAAUCUGGUAAAGGACAUAGGUCUAAGAGGAAAAGAGCAUCACCUCCAGCUGAAAAGUCAGGGUUCAAUGAAGAUGAAGAUUUGAGUAAUUUAUUUUGA